UUCGCGAAGGUCCAGCGCCCUAGAAACGUGUCCCGCGCGCCACGCCGUCUGUUUCCAAGGCAACCCGGGCGCCUGUUAGCAACCGCGCUCGCGGCCCGGGUGUGUUCCCCGCGCCCCCAGGCCUGCCAUGGCGGCCGCCGGGCCCAGCGUGUUCCUCCUCAUGGUCAACGGGCAGGUGGAGAGCGCCCAGUUCCCGGAGUAUGACGAGCUCUACUGCAAGUACUGCUUCGUGUACGGCCAGGACUGGGCCCCCACGGCGGGCCUGGAGGAGGGCAUCUCACAGAUCACAUCCAAGAGCCGGGACGUGCGGCGAGUGCUCGUGUGGAACUUCCCCAUCGACGUCACCUUCAAAAGCACCAACCCCUAUGGCUGGCCUCAGAUCGUGCUCAGCGUGUACGGACCGGACGUGUUCGGGAACGACGUGGUCCGAGGCUACGGGGCGGUGCACGUGCCUUUCUCGCCCGGCCGGCACAAAAGGACCAUCCCCAUGUUUGUCCCAGAAUCCACGUCCAAACUGCAGAGGUUCACGAGUCAGUCUGCUCCCCGAGGAAGUCGCCCUCGGUGGCGCCGGGCCAGGACCAGGAGGACCCGGGCCUCGCUGGGCCUCGCUGGGCCCUCCCGCAGCUGCCGUGACCCCUGGCCCCGCCACCCCAUCGGGGACUGGUUCAUGGGACGGCGGCCCGAGUUCACGGACCCCAAGGUGGUGGCCCAGGGAGAAGGCCGGGAAGGGCUUCGUCACCCUGCUCCUCAACGUCGUGACCAAGGACAUGCGGAAGCUGGGCUACGACGCGGGGCCCGCGGACUUGCCCGGCACCUCGGGGCCCGGCCCGGCCCAGGGCGCCCUCCCCUGAGGCUGCGGCCACACGUCCCUCGGCCGCCCGUCGGUCCCCUGCUGGGAGCGCAGCCCGGGGCAGUGUUUUUAUACAAUAAAGGGUCACGUUUGCACCUGUUAGCACCUGCCCGUGGGCGCACUCGCCUCAGUGUGCACCGCAGCCCUGCAGGCUCGAGGGAGGGGGUCCCCUCUGGCCCGAAGCCCCAGGGACCCAAGACGGCAAACGCAGCCCCCGCCCUCACCCCUAGGAGGGGUCUGCAUCCGCCGCAGGCUGGGGGCGCGGUAGGACCUGCCUUGCCAGGGUCCUCGGCAGGAAGGGGCAGGGCCUGUCGGCAGCAGAGCCGAGCGCACCCCUGGACAGCUGCCCCCGCCUGCCUCCCGUUUGCAGCCAGCAGAGACAGGCUGAGCCUCCCUGCUGGGACCCCCAGCAUUCCCGGCCCUCAACGCCCCAUGGUCCUGACAACUGGGGACCCUGCCUGGGUCUUCUGUCCCUCAACCCCAGCCCCCCACCUGCAGCUUCAGGGGACGCCUUGGGGUACAGAGCAGCACCCCCCAAUCCCCUAUGCUUUCUCCAUCAACGCACCGGCAGUGCAGGCUGGCCCAGUCACCCCCACCCCAGGUUCCUCGGGCGCCUCCUCUUCUCACCACUACCCUCUGCCCACUGCCCCAGGAGAUGGAACCUGCCAGAAGGAGCCAUCAGGGCUGACCCUGCACCACCCUUGGCCUUAGUUCAGUGGUGCCACCAGGGGUGUCCUCUCCCACUGGGGCUCCAUGUCCCCGAACCUGCCUGUCACAGCCCGCUGUCUUCACUGCGCACUCGGGGUGUCAGUGAAACCCCACUUUCAGCCCCAGUCUCCAGAAAGGAUGCUGCUCCUGUUUCCCGGCCCUUGCUGUCCCCCAGCCUGUGCCCCUCAGCCUCAAGGGGUAGCAUUUUCCUCCCACACCCCACGUACCUGGGCCCAGAAUUGGGCUGUUUCCUUGAGCUCUCACGAGCGUUUCCAGAAUGUUCCUCACCCCCCCUGUCCCAGCCCGGCUCCCUGGAAGCCCAAGCGCUGACCCUGCCUGGGUCCUGAGCCCCCGGCCUCCCUCAUCUUGACCACGUCACAUCCACACGGUCGGCCCCUGCAUGGCCCUCACCACUCCCGGCCUCCCCCCCGGCAGCCACCCCCACCCGGGGAGGCCGUAUCACCUCUGAGACCCAGGCCGAGUGCCCCCCACCUGGACCCCCAGGCCGCUGCCCCAGACCCUUCACCCCCAGGCCCCCACACCCUUCCACCCGCCCGGUGGCCCCCGGCCCCUCCUCAUUUUAUCACAGCCACGACCCCACACCUUGUCUCCCAGCCCGAACCUCCAACUGCACCCCAGUGGCCUGGCCCUCCACUGUCCCAAGCAUCAGAACGCAGUCAAGGGAGCAGGGUCCCCCGACCAGCUCCCCUAAAUCCACUGUCCCAGUCCUGAGCAGGCCUGUCCUUGGCCCUGUCCCCCUUCAAUUCUCUGGGGAACCCGCUCCGUUUUUCUCCUUGAGGGCCCACGAGGGCACGGACAAUCCUGAAACCUGCCCUGCGACAGCCCGCACGUGUGCACGGGACCCCAUUCUCUGGCUUCCCCAAGGAUGUGGCACCCACACUUCACCCCUCUUGUGCCCUGUGUGUCACCCUUUACAAGGCCAUCGCAUCAGUCCCUGAACAGGCUCCUGAGGAAACCAAACUGCAAGACCUCCCGAGCCCCCCAGGGAAGGACUGGAGCAUGGCCAGGCCCCAUGGUGGCUGGGGUCCCCGCCCUUGGCUCCCCAACACAGGGUCCGCACAGUGGUUAUGCACCCGGCUCCCGACUCCUUGUUAUUGUUGGGCUGGGGGAGCAGGCGACUGGGGGUGAUGGGGCAUCGCCCAGGGACUGGGGGGCCUCUUCAGACGUCCCCCUGGGAGAGGGCCGACGUUCCCGGGUGGGAAGACGCAUGAGCAGGGGGACCCAGGGCACGAGGGAAGCACCCGAAUGCGGGUGGGAGGUGCAGCCGGCCCCCCACCCGCUCCUGCCCCUCGGGUCCCCGAGUCCCUGCCGGAGAGCCGCCUGCCGGCCUCGGACUUCAUAAGAAAUCGGCUUUCGUGGGUUGAGCCGACAGCACGGGGAGGCCCAUCACGGCAGCACGACCCAGGGCAGCCCGACUGCUGACCUCCCUGUGCUGUCGCCGUUCUGGGAGUGGCUCCUCAAGCCUCCCCAAGCCCCCUGCUCCAGGCCCUUCUGGCCAGGGCUCGGGCUGCAGCUUCCGGCUCCUGGAAGGACACAGGGGGCCCAGGCAUGGAACAGAGGAGUAGCCGGGUUUGCAGGCAGCAGUGUCAGGCUCAGGGCAGCCAGAGCAGGGGCCAGGGCAGGUUCCCAGGAGGGGCAAGGGUUCCUGCCCCCCGCAGCCCCCGGCACGUCUUGGGUCCUCUCCAGCAACCGUCCCUUAUUGUGACACCCUCACCUCAGCCUUGCGCUACCUACAACGCGAGUGCUUCUCCCAGCCCUGCCUGGAAAGUCGCCAUCCCUCAGCCACUGCCCCAUCUCUGAUCACUGGUCCUGAGGGGACGGGUCCUCUGUAUCGUCAGCUACAACCAUGAUGGAGCUGCGUAACAAACAAUCCCAGAACAGUGCCUGUGCCAGUUUGAGUGUAUUGUGUACCCCAAAUGCCAUUAUCUUUGUGGUCUUGUGGGACAGACGUUUUGGUGCUGGUUGGAUUUGCUUGGAAUGUGCCCCACCCAGCUCUGGGAGAUGAUUC